AUGCCUCCCCCAGACUCGACAUACGUGCCCUUUGCGAAUAGAGAUGGCGGCUCACCCCAGAGACCAUGGACUCCCUCUUCCAGAGUCUCCGAGUUUUCCCGCCCUCCACCGACUAAUCUCUCCUUCGAGCCUUCAGAAUUAAAUGGUAGCCCACGACCAGGCACGCCGUCCUCGAGAUAUGGCGGUAGUCCUAGACGCCCACUUCCUCCCGCACCUCUCUUCUCCAAUCCCUCUCGCGAGUCACAGGCUUUUGCAGACGAUGCCACUGUCAAUAUUCCUCUCGAGGGCGACGACGAUGUCUUCGGCCCAGGCUCUGAUCUCAGCGAGUCGCGGCCUCUGCCAACCAAGCGUGACUCGUUUCACUCGGAGUCUCAGGAUACUCUCAACGAAGAGAGUGAAGAGUUCUAUGAAAAAGUCGAGCGCUAUGGACCUGCACCUGAUGGCGCCCAAGAGCGACGAGGUGUACGCGCCCCUCAGAUGUCGCGAAAGGAAGUCCAGCUCAUCAACGGUGAACUGGUUCUUGAGUGCAAAAUCCCCACGAUUCUCUACAGUUUUCUGCCGCGCCGUGACGAGGUUGAAUUUACCCAUAUGAGAUAUACCGCCGUCACUUGUGACCCGGAUGACUUUGUUGAGAGAGGAUACAAGCUCAGACAGUCAAUUGGCCGAACGACGCGCGAGACGGAACUGUUCAUUUGCAUCACCAUGUACAACGAAGACGAGAUUUGCUUCACACGUACAAUGCACGCCGUCAUGAAGAAUAUCUCUCACUUUUGUUCGCGUUCUCGUUCCCGAACCUGGGGCGAGACUGGCUGGCAUAAGAUUGUGGUUUGCGUCAUUUGCGAUGGUCGACCCAAGAUUCACCCGCGUACACUUGAUGCCCUUGCCGCAAUGGGUGUCUUCCAGCACGGUAUCGCCAAGAACUUUGUCAACAACCGCGCUGUUCAAGCACAUGUGUACGAAUACACAACCCAAGUCUCCCUUGACUCGGAUCUCAAGUUCAAGGGUGCCGAGAAGGGCAUCGUCCCAUGCCAGAUGAUUUUCUGUCUCAAGGAGAAGAACCGUGGCAAGCUCAACUCGCACAGGUGGUUCUUCAACGCAUUCGGCCGUGCACUUAAUCCGAAUAUUUGCAUCCUUCUUGAUGUUGGUACCCGACCUGGUGGCAAUUCGCUAUAUCAUCUUUGGAAGGCCUUCGACACCGACUCUAACGUGGCCGGCGCCUGUGGUGAGAUCAAGGCCAUGAAGGGUAAAUACGGCUCCAGUCUUCUCAACCCUCUUGUGGCUUCUCAAAAUUUUGAGUACAAGAUGUCCAACAUUCUCGACAAACCCCUCGAAUCUGUUUUCGGCUACAUUACUGUGCUUCCUGGCGCGCUCAGUGCCUACCGAUACCACGCCCUGCAGAAUGACGAGCACGGACACGGGCCCCUUAGCCAAUACUUCAAGGGCGAGACCCUUCAUGGACAGCAUGCGGAUGUGUUUACUGCCAACAUGUAUCUUGCCGAAGAUCGUAUUCUCUGCUGGGAGUUGGUUGCCAAGCGAGGCGAGCGUUGGGUUUUGAAAUAUGUCAAGGGCUGCACUGGUGAAACCGAUGUUCCAGAUGCCGUUCCUGAAUUCAUCUCGCAACGUCGCCGAUGGCUUAACGGUGCAUUUUUCGCCGCCGUGUACUCCCUCGUCAACUUCAGACAGAUUAUUACGACAGAUCACACCCUUGCGCGCAAAAUUCUUCUCUACAUGGAAUUCGUCUAUCAGGCCUGCCAGCUUCUAUUUACCUACUUCUCUCUCGCCAACUUUUACCUGACCUUUUUCUUCGUUGCCGGAGGUUUAACUGACAAAACCGUUGACCCAUUUGGCCACAACAUAGGGACAGUCAUCUUCAUUAUCUUACGGUACACCUGCGUUUUGCUGAUUGCAACACAAUUCAUCUUGUCCCUGGGUAAUCGACCCCAGGGCGCAAAGAAGAUGUACCUGGCCAGCAUGGUCAUCUACGCUAUUAUCAUGGCAUACACCACGUUUGCAGUUAUCUACAUCGUGGUACGACAGCUGACGGAUAAGACCAACCUGCACAAGUUCAGCAUUGGCAACAAUGUCUUUACUAAUUUGAUCGUGUCGCUCACCUCUACUGUUGGUCUGUACAUAAUCAUGUCACUGGUGUACCUUGACCCCUGGCACAUGAUUACCUCGUCGCUUCAAUAUUUCAUGCUUCUGCCUAGCUACAUUUGCACACUGCAGGUGUACGCCUUUUGCAAUACUCACGACAUCACCUGGGGUACCAAGGGCGACAACGUCAUCAAAACGGAUCUCGGUGGUGCCGUCGGUAAGGGCCAGACGGUCGAGCUGGAGAUGCCCAGCGAGCAGCUGGACAUUGAUAGCGGCUAUGACGAGGCGCUCCGCAACCUCCGCGACCGUGUCGCCGUCCCCAAGGCCGGCAUCAGCGAGUCGCAGCUCCAGGAAGACUACUACAAGAGCGUCCGUACCUACAUGGUCGUCACAUGGAUGGUGGCCAACGGCAUCCUUGCCAUGGCCGUGUCCGAGAUUUACAGCAACAAGGGCAUCGGCGACAACUUCUACCUGCGCUUCAUUCUUUGGAGCGUUGCCGCCCUCGCCGUUUUCCGCGCCCUCGGCUCCACCACCUUUGCCAUUAUCAACCUCGUCAACACCAUUGUCGAGGGCCGCAUACGAAUGAGCCUCAAAGCGCCCAAGUGGAUGGGUGGCUGGGGCGAGAAGAUGAGCGAGGCCGCCAGCAGCGUUGGUAGUAGCCUGAAGCGUUGA